GGCGAACAAUGCGAGUGAUUUCAGCUAGUGUUUUACAUUGCUUGAAACUCGACGGAACUUCGCAUCAACACUGACCUCUGAGAGGUCACGGCGCAGUCGAAUAGACCGCAAAUACGGGGUCACAGCGCAUUGACCUCCCCGUGCAUGGAACUUUCAUAUACAACACGGGAACGGUUACACGGUUUGAGAUGUCACGGCGGAAGCAAUCAAACCCAAAGCCUUUGAAACUGUCAUCUGAUGAGCCCUCUAUCAAGACAGAAGAUGGGGGAGAAACAGAAGUUUCAGGAAAUGGGGAAACAGCUGGUGAGGCAAGUCCCACAGGCAGUCACCACCAGGGGGAGAAUCAAGGGGAGACCACCCCGCUGUCGUCACGCUGCAUCCAGUCCCCAGCAUCAUCUGACUUAGACCCGAGUGACAGUCACACAGAGACACCUGGUGGGAAGGUGGAUCAACCAAAUAUGUCGGACAUUGACAAUGUGCAAGUAAAACAGGAAGUAAAUACAGAUUCCUCAAGUCCGACGAUGUUACAGGGCUUGGCAAAUCAACUUCAGCUGCCGAAGGAUGUUCUGUAUUUAAAACGAGUUGAGAUAACUAUGCACGGAAACACAGCAGUGUGCUGGGUGGUCUGUUGUGCUAUUCCACUCCAAGCUGGAAGCAGUUUGGGACCCUUUCAAGGGGAGGUAACCUCAGCCGAUAAAGUCAGAGUUGGCGAUUUGAUACUACAGUUUUCCGGAAAAACAGAACCGAUACUUGUGAAUGUGACAGCUCAAUCUGGAGCGUGGCUCGCCUUGCUGAGGACUGCAACUAACAACGCUGUCAAAAACACAUGUGUACAUCUUGAAGGUGACCGGAUAUGGUGCGAGGUUGUGUCUGAUCUGGAGGAAGGCUCAGAGCUGAUUGGCUCAUUCCUGUACCAUGCAGAAAAUGAAUCUCCUUCACAGUCCAGUUCCCCUGUACCAGCCCUUCCCCCCCCACCAGUUCAGGAGGAGGAACCAGUCAAACCAGAACCCCCGCCAGCACCACCUUCAAAAAGGUCAAGGUCACCCACAAAUCAUGCUGCCCUUAUAUAUGGCUGUCCAUUCUGCAGCGUGAGAUUCAGUAGUCCAAGGACUCUUCAAGGUCAUCUGGCAUACUACUGUUCAAAGAAGCCCCCAGACUUGGGUGAGAAGACUGCCAGGGAGGGAGAAGGAAGCGGUCGGAAUGCUGAUGAAAAUGAUACUGAUGAGGAUUCUAAAGCAGAAAUUUCCGUGACGGUGGAUGAAGAUGAGAAGUCAAAACUAAAACGACCUUUGGAGACUGAUGGUCCUUCCUAUAAACAGGAUCAAGAUUCUCCACCAACUAAAGUUUCCAAAAUGGGUCAAACGUUCCAAUGCCCUCACUGUUCAUACACAGCAGAUAAACUGUCGAGCCUUAACCGUCACCGCCGUAUCCAUAACCGACCUUCAGAUGACAGUGAUGAAGUUGGCAACGUCCCCGUACCCCUCUCUGAGACCUACUGUAAAGACUGCAAUAUACAGUUCUCAUCUCUAAGCACUUUCAAAGGUCACAAGGAAUUCUACUGCAACAAAAGAAAUGGAUCUGACGUAUCGGAAACCCCAAAGAAAGAGUCAUGGGAAGACAAAAUGGGUGCUGAAAGCACGUCAUCUCACAGUUCCCCCACUUCACAACCCUCGGAGCCACACAGGAAUAUUUUCCUCCCAUCCGGACCCCUCAUGACGCAGACUGUUAUUUCUGCUGUGUCGUCUGCUGCUGUGAUCCCAGGGCAGACGGCAGUUAUAUUUGCUGCUCCAGUGAUGGCAACCAGUGAUAUGGGUAUUACCAUGCCAACCGUGAUUGUCCAGCCGGUUAUUGCUCCUCCUCCUGUGAGUUCAACAUCUACUGCCUUGAAAGAACCUUCUCCAUCUCCAACAAAAGUACCAACUGAGGCACACCAGAAGUCAAAAUCUGCAGCACUGUGUUCCGAAAAACCUCUGGACUUGAGCAAAAAGAAAGAUGACAGCCCUGAAAAAGAGAAAUCUCCAAACAAGAUCUUAAACAUGGCAAAAGACUCUCUCAAACUUAUCACCAGUCAAGCUAUUCUCAAAGAAUUUCCUUCACUCAUAGAAUGCAAGUCUCCACCUUUAACCUCCCCCAAAUCUGUUACCUCAAAUCACUCGAGAUCACCUCAUGAAAGUUCAAGGUCACCCCAGCUAGUUUCCAGAUCUAAGUCACCACAUAACACAUCCCCAAGUUUGUCAUCCCGGUCCCGAUCACCGGAGCAUAUACGACACAGAACAAGUCCGUACCUACAGGGCCUCACCCCCCACUUCCUGCCGAUGUCUGUUGCAGGUGUGGCGGCCCAAGCAGUGGCAACAUUGCAGCCUCCUACAGCUGUAGCGACCAUCAGCAAAUGUGCAGACUGUAACAUAGUGUUUUACAAACAUGAGAACUAUCUCAUCCACAAAGAACACUACUGUUCAGGGAAAAAAGCAAAAUUUUCAACUCCCCCGGAAUCCGAGAGUUUGAGAAGUCCAAAGAGCAGUCCAGACUCAGGAUCACCAAUGCACACCGAAGUGCUGAGUUCAAAUUCUGACCAACAGAAGGAAGCAGAGGCAGAAAUGGACUCAUCCGAGGACAUCUAUUAUCGCUUCUUCUGUGUCCCUUGCAAGAUCAAGUUCAGCUCCGCAAGCACUCUGAAGGCUCACAAGGAAUUUUACUGCCCACAUGGUAAGGACAGUGGUCACUCCAUAGUCAUUCAGGCUUCUGAAUGCCAACAAGAAUCUCCUACGCCUAAAACACCAGUAACCCCUGAAAUUGUGGACUUCCGAUGUGAUAGGUGUGAGAGUGUGUUCACAACAUCUCGCCUCCUGAAGCUUCAUCUGUGUAGUGGCGAAUCCACAUCCAUGCCUCUCUUCAGAUGUCCACACUGUGACUAUGUCACUCAGACUGAUACCAGACUUUCAGACCAUAUGAAGGUUCAUGCACCUACGCGGGCAUUCAGGUGUACUGUGUGUGGUUACCGUGGCAACACAGUUCGGGGGAUGCGAAUGCACGGUAAAAGUCAUAUUGACAACGGUGAAGAGUUCACUGAUGAUAGCAUGAUAGAGUAUGAAGAACCAGCGCUGAUGCCCAUUCAGACAAACGGCCAGACCUCCCAUGGCCCUGUUGACAUGGAAGCAGAGUUGAUUAGAUUAAAAAAUGAACCCUACAAGAGACGCAGAUCUCGUAAAUCUUUUGAAAAGACUGAAUACAUCCUCUCCCCUGGUUCUCUCCAACAAACACAACACUGCCCGGUGUGUCGCGAAGCUUUCCCCAAUCUCAAGUUCCUCAAUGUCCAUAUGCGAAUCCACGAGAUGGCCCUGAAAUACCAGCAGGACCUCCUCAAAUGCCACAAGUGUUCCUACCUGGCCAAGUCAAAAGAAGACCUUAUUUUUCACAUGAAGGACAUCCACACACCUCCACAGUCAAGCCCUAGUCCUACAAGCCCCAAGAAAUCUCCCACACCUGAGCAAAGACCUCCAAGUCAGGAGAGGACAGUACACAUUAAGUCUGAACCCAUUGACCCUGGUUUUGAUGUUGCUUUGGAGAAAGAUAAGGACAGGGAGAGGGAUCUUUCCCCUUCAAGUCCAAAUAAAGAAAAUGUAAAGCGAGAAAACAUUCAGGACAGAUCCUACACACCUAAGUCUGAUGGGACGCAGAGUGUACGAGCAUCUCCUUUCUCUCGUGUAUCCCCCAACGCCCAUCUCUCCCCCCUCAACCCUCCCACAUCACCCCCUAUCAAAUCUCAACCCAAAUCCCCCAUGGAUGGAGCAUCAAAUGGAUCAGGGCACGAUAAACACUCUCCGGAUAUAUUCCGGAAGGACAUUUCAAAUGGAUCCGGAUCACAUUCCAUUAUGUUUCCAUCCGGGCCUGUGUUUCCAUACUUCCUGAUUCCACCCUCGAGUGUGGGAACAUCAGUUGUCUCCCCUGAACCCACCUCACCAAAGACAGACAAAGGUCCCAAGUAUUGCAAGAAUUGUGAUAUUAGUUUCACGUACCCUGCCACCUUCCUGGCCCAUAAGAAGUAUUAUUGUACUGCAGCCAAGACAAGCGAGGAACUUAGUCCCUCUGCCAGUGCUUAGCUAGUCGAGCAGGUUACGAACUGAAUGUGUAACUAAUCUCUCAAGUGAUUGGUCGAGACAUAUGACUGUGUAACUAGUCAUGCAGUGUGAUUGGUCAAGUUUGAAGGCAUGUCACUACCUCUUUCACACCUAACAAAUCUGAAAAGGAGGAAUUGGUCAAGAACCAAACAUGAACUGUUAUAUUUUACAUUAUUACUCAAAUUUGAGUAUUACCGUAAAUGGUAUAGUUAGCACUCUGUCCCAUCACAUUUAUUUAUCACUGCUUUUUAUAUCUCAUCCUUGCAUACUUGCAUACAUUCUGAUAAACGUGUCUUAUAUGGUGUUGAGUUUAGUAAUCCAGACCAAACAUGUGAUUCCUGGUAAUCUUAUAUGUCCAAGAUGAAAUGAGUUUGGGUCUGGUAUGAAGUGACCGGCCAUGUCAGUUAUGAGAAAUUGUGGAAUGAUCUACAGUGAAACCCUGUAAAUCUGGAUCCUCGUAAUCCCAGCCAAAUUGUGUAGAUGGAUUUAUGGAUUAUAGAAUUGUGGUUCAUAUUGAUACUACUUUGAUCAUAUGUAGACAUGUUGCAGUGUUCAUUUUAAUGAUUUUGUGAUGUGGUUAGUCCAGGGUCCAGAUUACCAAGGUUCAGUUGUAUUACGACUCAUUCUCCGAAUAUGUGUUCCGAAAGUUUCUGACAUAGUCCAGGAUCCAUAUUAACAAGGUUCCACUGUAUUGUAACACAUUCUCCCAAUAAGAGCUCCUUUAGUUUAUGACAUGGUUAGCCCACGAUCCAGAUUAACAAGGUUCCACUGUAUUGUAACACAUUCUCCCAAUAAGAGCUCCUUUAGUUUAUGACAUGGUUAGUCCAGGAUCCAGAUUAACAAGGUUCCACUGUAUUGUAACACAUUCUCCCAAUAAGAGCUCCUUUAGUUUAUGACAUGGUUAGUCCAGGAUCUUGAUUACCGAGGUCUUCCUUUAUUGUAAGAAAUUCUCCCAAGAAGUGCUUCUGACUUGCCCAGGGUGCUAAUUACAUCUGAUAUGGUUUAUAUCUGUGCUGUGUUUGCCUGUUGUCAAGGGCCUAUUUGUUAUUAUCCCGCUCCUGUACAACAUGGUCUUAUAGUGCUAAUACACAAAACUCCCUAUCGGAUACACACUAGGUGUCUUUCUAGUGGACCUAUGCACACACUCAUACACAAGCAAUUCUAGUGUUUCCCCUAGGUAUUUUUAGCAGGGUGCAGCACCCUUUUUAUUUGGCACCCUGCCCUGUUUAUUUGGUACCAUGCCCUUUUUGCUUGGU